AUGGAAAACUUACAUCCUGCUGAAGAAAUCGUUAGAAACAUUCUUGACAAUAUUGAAUAGCAUCAUAAGUUUAUAGAUUUUGUUAAUACAAAUUCUAAUAAAUCAAAAUAAGGAGUCUGGAUUAAGUAAUAUCAUAAGGGAGAAGAAAUUAAAGCUAUCACUUAAAAUACAAUAAGAAUAGUAGAAUUGCAAAAUGAAUAUGUUCCAAAUAAACAACAGUUCCAUCAUAUUUUGGUUCAUAAAUAAUUUGUUCCAAAUCUGUGUGGUUACCAUGCUACCUAUAACUUAAUAUAAUGUGUUUAGAGUAUCAAAUAUAAAAUCUCACCUUAGUUUUAUGAUAUAGCAGCAUUUUGGUCCUAUGUUCGUCGAACUUAAGAUUUUCUAAAAUUAUACAGAGACUCACGAGGUUUAGAUGGUUCAGUCUGGCCAUGGAGGAAUGACGAUAUAGAAAAUGGAGACUUUGAAAGAACAUACUUGAAAUGCUGUUUAGAGUCUAAACCACUUUUUAAAUAAACAUUUUAAAAUGAAGUCUUUGACGGAAUUAAGUACUUUAUUACUAAUGAUACUAUAUUCUAUUAAUAUGGUAAUAUAGUUAAUGGAUACAAUGAACGUUUGGCUUUAUAAAAAAAAUUCAAUUUAUUUUAAGAGUUUAGGCCUUCCUAGAGUGAAGAAAUGAUUUAAACAUAUAUGCUUGGUGUAACCAACCAUUGGAUUUCCUUUGUUGCAGUUAAAAGCAUUAGAGGAAUUCAAUUUAUUGUAAUGGACUCAAGGAAUCGAGAUUUCUUCCUGUGGAAUUAAUAAUAAAUCAGGGAUUUUCUAUAGUAAGAUUAAUUGGAUCGUCCAAAAAGAGGAUAGAAACCAUUAAGUUAAUUUUAUUUGGAUCUUUAUGAAUAAGGGAUGAAGGAUUUACAAUAAUUGAUCACUCUUUUAAUAUCAUGGCUAACAGGGCAAUCAAAAUUAGAAGCCUAUGUGAGUAACUAGAAAAUAUUAGUGUUUUUGAAUCCUUUGGUUGAACUACUUGAAAUCUCUUAGUAAUAAUAUAUCAAUCUGAAAUUUACUAAUGAAAAAGCUGAUGAACUCUAUUAAAUAUUGGCUUUAUGGUCAGAUUAAUAUCGGAUAACAGUUCGAGAAUACAUAGGAAAUGCAACAUAAAUAACUUAAUUAAAUAAAAUACUAUUUGUAAAGGCUUUGGAAUUGACCAAGUGUGCAUUGGACUAUCAAACAAAGAGAGGAUUGUGGAAUCAACAAAAGUAAUCAUCUCUGCAUCGAAUGCUAGAAUAUUUAUAAUUAGUUUAUAAAUCUUUAUGA